CCGCGCACAAAGCAGAGGGAAAUAAUGUACCAAAAAAAACACUAGAAACACAAGGAAAAAAAAAAGGUAAAAAAGGAAGAAAAAAUAAUUUUCCUUUGAGUUAAGGGGAAAAAAUAAUUUUAUUUCUUAAAAAAAAAUCAGAUAAACAGAGAAAAUUCCCUUUCUUCUUCCUCUUCUUUUUGUUUGUCUAAAUCCUUGUCUUUCUUUUCUCCUUUCUCGCGCCUUGGUUUCCUCUCUUCAUUUGAUAAUCUUCUUGUUUUGAUUCCUUUUUAUUGAAUUUUUUUCCCCCACGGAAACUGUUCACUUUUUUUUUUCCAGCAAUGUGGUUCAUUGGCCCAAUAAUUUCCGCUUUUUAUUUCUCUCAUUUCGAGCAGAUUUUGUUAUGAAAGAUUCUAAAAAAAUUAUUUCAGUUUUUUUAUUAAUUUUUUCUGAAUAAUCAAGCAAAUUGAUAAUGGAUCGUGUUGUCGGUGGAAAAUUCAAAGUGGGCAGGAAGAUCGGAGCUGGAUCUUUCGGCGAGCUUUUCCUCGGGGUCAAUGUACAGACAGGGGAAGAAGUUGCUAUUAAGAUGGAACCUGUGAAGACCAAGCACCCUCAGCUUCACUAUGAGUCAAAGUUGUACAUACUUCUUCAAGGCGGAACUGGGAUUCCCUACCUCAAAUGGUUUGGAGUUGAAGGGGAGCAUAAUAUUAUGGUUAUCGAGCUUCUAGGGCCAAGCCUUGAGGACUUGUUCAACUACUGCAAUAGAAAGCUCUCUUUGAAGACAGUUUUAAUGCUGGCAGAUCAGUUAAUUAACAGAGUUGAAUAUAUGCACUCAAGGGGAUUUCUUCACCGUGAUAUAAAACCUGACAACUUUCUGAUGGGUUUGGGACGAAAAGCAAAUCAGGUGUAUAUCAUUGAUUAUGGCCUUGCUAAAAAGUAUAGGGAUCUUCAAACUCAUAAACACAUACCAUAUAGAGAGAACAAGAAUCUUACGGGCACAGCUCGAUAUGCAAGUGUUAACACUCACCUUGGAGUUGAGCAAAGCAGAAGAGAUGAUUUGGAAUCACUUGGUUAUGUGCUCAUGUAUUUCUUACGAGGAAGCCUUCCAUGGCAGGGCCUUAAGGCAGGGACAAAAAAACAGAAGUAUGAUAAAAUCAGUGAAAAGAAGAUGCUAACUCCUGUUGAGGUACUUUGCAAGUCAUAUCCAUCAGAAUUCAUAUCAUACUUCCAUUAUUGUCGUUCAUUACGCUUUGAAGACAAGCCAGAUUAUUCAUACUUGAAGAAGCUUUUCCGUGACUUAUUUAUUCGAGAAGGAUAUCAGUUUGACUAUGUAUAUGACUGGACUGUACUCAAGUAUCCUCAGCUCACCAGUAGCUCUAAACAACGGCCAUCAAGUGGAAAAGCUGCUGUAAACACUGGAGCAUCUGCUGAAAGAACAAAGAAGCCAUCAGGACGAGAAACACGGGAUAGAGUUUUGGGUGCUGCUGAGGCAUUUACUCGGAAAAAUGCUUCAGGCAGUGGACAUCUCAGUGAUCAUUCAAAGCAGAAGGUAUCAGAGAAGGCAUCACCAUCAAAGGAUACGGAUAAUGAUUCUGGAAGGGUGCGAACUUCUUCCAACCGGCCUAGCAGCAUGUCCAGGAGGGCUGUUGCCUCAAGCAGCAGGCCAGCCUCUUCUUUAGGGCCCAGCGAUAGUCGAUCAAGUUGGCUUCUCUCAGGUAGCAGUCGCCUCUCCACAAGCCAGAGAGUCCAUUCAGGGUCAGAGCAAAAAUCGUCUCUCUCCCGAGCUACAACCUCAAAAGGUGUCCGUGAAGAUCCGAAUCAGAGCUCUGAGCACCGUUUGAGGUUUAUGGAAAAGAGGAAGGGGUGAUUGUCCCAAUUGAGAUAAUGAAGAGAAAGAUACAAUGAUAUUCGAUCCAGGCCUUGUUUUUGUUUUUAAAAAAUUAUGUUCCUACCUAUUUGUUAAAUAUUUAUUCAUGGCUGGCAAUUUCUGUUCCUACUUGUCUUCACCCUAUUAGGAGUUAAUUAAUAUGUAAUUUCAGUAUCUGUAACUCUUUCUUUAUUCUUAAGUUGUGGGGAUAAUAAAUGAAA